AUGGCCAAAGCAUACACAGUUGAGAAGUUUGAUUACAACAUGGCAGAGGUAGAGAGAAUUAAUAAGAGGGUCAAAGAUUACUUAAUCAACGUUGGGUAUGAAAGAUGGUCCAGAGCACAUUUCACUGUCAACAGAACAUUGACAAUGACUUCAAAUAUUGUGGAGUCGAUCAAUGCGACGCUCAAUGCUUCUAGGGAACUCCCAGUACUGCCUUUGCUGGAGUACAUAAGGCAAUUGAUCGAACGAUGGAACGUUACAAACCAAAAGAAUGCAAUAGAGUUAUUUACUAAUCUUGGGAAAAAAUAUGAUACAAUGCUAAUAGACAAUCUCGAAUUGUCACAUUGGAUGAAGCUGAUUGGUCUACCUCCAUUCUCUGUUUCUUCUGGGGCAUGCGAGAAAUUAGUCAUUAUCUAUAGAAGGUUUCAGUUGGAUGAGCUACCAUGUGCACAUGCUUGGGCAGUAUUAAAAUACAAAUACAUUGAUCACAUUGAGUAUUACUCGAUGUACUACACCAGGAAGUACCUAUUGAAGACCUAUGAAAUUCCAAUUUAUCUGGUUCCUGAUGAAAGCAUAUGGAAAAUUUCUGCAGAAGUUCUAGAUGAAAAAGUCUUGCCACCAGAUGUGACUAAAUCAAUAGGAAGGCCAAGGAAGGGGAGGUGCAAGCCAGUAUCUAAAAGGGAAUGA